CUUCGGCCGGGACCAUGGUCGAUUUUACGGAUCCUAAGGUUCAAGGCCAUUUAGACGCUCUGGUCCGCAUGGCGCAGUCCUGCGUCAUCAGAGUGAGAGCCACGCCCAAAGACGUGAGAGCUUACUUCACCAACUCCUCGCCUGUCUCCCGCUCGGGGCAAUGCUUCGCUGCGUGUAUGCUGGAGCAGAGUGACGUCAUCACCCAUGGCAAGGUAAAUCGAGAACUACUCGUGCACCUGGCCAGUUUAGUGAACGGGAAGAACUCACGAGUGGUGCGGAAGCUAAGCAGCAUAUCCCGACUUUGCCUGGACAGUAUCGAGGGCAUGUCAGACAGGUGUCAGCUGGCGUCAACGUACAACGACUGUUUGAAUGAAAACAUGCUGGAGUUCGCAUUCCCGCUGGAGAUAGCCGAGGAAGCUGUGAGGAAGAUGCCGUUCCACCUGAUCCAGGCUAAGUAA